GGAAUUGAUAUUGCUUCAUCUAAUAUGAAAUAGGUGGAGGGAAAAUGGCAACUGCAAACACUCAAAAUCGAGUUUACCUUUUCCGUCUACAAGUGCUUAUAAUAGAUGGAGGACUUCUAGUAUUACGCAAUAUACUAGACCAGAAGCUCAACGUUCAGAACAUCUCUUUGAGCACAUGUCUGAGUCAAGAAAAGACGACAAUUACAGACCUGAAAAGAAAAAAUGUAAUAACUCAAGUCCAAUUUGAUCAACUGUAUCCGCCGCCAGGAGGAAAACUUCCAUCCACAGUAGACUUUGACAUUACGCUUAUAAUAUGCCUUCUUAGGAAUCUCAAAUGUUGUGGUUUCAAUCCAAAAUUCAAGUGGAAUGUUAUUCCGAAUGCAUCAGACGUAUCAGUGGAGGCUGAUACCUACAGACUCAAAUUGUACAGGAAUGAGAUCAGUCAUAUCUCGACGACAACAGGAAUAAAAUUGACAGAUUUCCGUUUUAAGUGGACCGAGAUAGAACAGAUUCUUUUGAGGCUUAACAAUUCGGUGAUAAAUCCGGUUCCAAACUUACAGCAGACAAUUGAUGAUAUUAAACAAAGUCCACUAGAUCCAGAAGCAGAGGAAAGGAUACAAAAAGAAGUGGAUGAGUGGAGAAAACUUGAAAAGGGUGUAGAGGUCGAUUUAAUACAAGUGAAAGUAGAUGCUCAAGCCAUAAAGGAGGAUGUGAAGCAACAACACACUAGUAUGCAGAAGAUAGAGAAGCGCACGUCAGAACAUGCAGAACUUAUAAGGGGUACACAAAACAAGAUAGCUAAACUUGAAAAACAAAUAACCAAGAACAAGGAAUCAACACAAAAACAGAAAGGUAAGACCAGCCAUUCACUUACAUAUAGUACAACCUCUCCAAAGCGGCCCUCUCUUUAGCAAAAAAAACCCCUCUUAUAACAACAUCAUCGAAAUUUCUCUAUGUUGAAAUAUACUAUCCAGAACAACAACCUCUGCAUUACAGCCAAUAUUUGUAUCUCCCAUAGAGUGUUGACCUAUAGAGGUUGCACUUAAUAGAGUCUAUUAGAAUAAAGUAUACCUGCUUGUUCAAAUGAGAUUGUGGAAAUUUGGCUACUGAAACGCCCUAUAAAUUGUAAAGCAUUACUAAAGUAACAGUUACUGUAGUAAUCCUACUAUGGUUGUAAAUUUCUUGUUUCUGAAAUUCUUGCAUAUAUACUGAACAACAAAAGAAACUAUCCAGAAUUAUAACUAGGGUAUUUUAAUAAAAACCUUAAAUUUUUAAAUUUGACUUGUUUUCUUCAUACCACAUUACACUUGAAGAACUUCACGUGUUAAAUUUUUAAAAAAAAUCAACCGUGACGUCAGUACAGUCAGUUUGCACAAAAUUCUGGCUAUAUCUUCUGCACGACAGUUGCAUUGUAACAUCCCAAUUGCGCGCUCGCGCUGAAUUGAUUCAGUCGUGCCAUGCAACUAACAAUUUUUUAUAUUUUAUGCUGUUUUUCGAGUGAGUCAAUCAUCAAUGUUUCCAAUGAAAAGAAAAGUCCACAAAGUAUAUCGUUAAUUACGAGCGCACAUGAAUUGCGUACAAAACGGCUAUUGUGUGACCACUGACUGUAUGAUUAAUUGAUUUUUAAUUUACUACGCGAAGUUCUUCACGUGUAAUUGGU